CAGCUGAUCAGCCGCAGCUGCAACGAGGAGAUUGGAUUAUGUGACAGUCAACGGACAGACUUCUCUUUCCGAGCUUAGAGAACACGGAUUGAGCGGCCCCUCUCUCUAUCUCCCUGUCUCUCUCUCUGCCAAAAGCAUAUCCAAAACGUCAAAUUCCCACUCCAUCUCUGUCUGAUCGAUCCGAUUGUGAGCCCCGAUAAUGGGGUGCACGCAGUCGAAGGUCGAGCAUGAAGAAACGGUGACGCGAUGCAAGGAACGGAAGCUCUUCAUGAAGGAUGCCGUCUCCUCCCGCAACGCCUUCACCGCCGCCCACACCCUCUAUGCCAUGUCCCUCAAGAACACCGGCGCCGCCCUCACCGACUACGCCCACGGCGAGGUCCACUUUCACCACCACUCUCCCCCCCCCUCCGCUGCCCUCCCCUCCGCCGCCACCGUCUACGACACCUCCCUCCCUCCGCCGCCUCCUCCCCUCCCCAACUUCCAACCCAGCUUGCCCCCUCUCCAACGCGCCUCCACCAUGCCCGCCGACAUCUCCCUCCACAAGCGCGAUCUCCACAGCCCCGCCGACCCCAUCUUUGAGGAGGAAGAAGAAGAAGAUGACGACAUCGAUGCCGAGACUGGCCAUAGCUUGAAGCACAGAACCUCUCGGAGUAGCGGCGGCGGUAGGGCCAGGGAUGUCGAAGACGAGGGUUUACAGCCGCCGCCGACGCCGCCGACACCUCCGACGCCGCCGGUGAGUGAUCGCGAUCGGGCCCCGCCGCCUCCGCCUCCUCAAGGCAUGAGUUCUUGGGAUUUCUUCUUUCCGCCCAUGGACAACUUUCCGGGACGGACCUUGACUGAUGUUGACGAGGAUAGAAUUCACAAGGAGGAGCUGGAAAGGAAGAUGAACGAGGAACGGUCUAAGGCAGCUGAAGUUGUUGACAGUGGGGGUGGUGGUGGAGGGAAGAGUAGCGACAAGGCCGAGGCUGCUAAAAUGGCCGAGAAAGCGGCGGCUGAGCCACCGCCGGAGCCACCACCGGCAACCAAGGUUGUGAACAAAAUGAGGCACGUUACUUCUUUGAACGGCAAUCAAGGAGGAAAGGGAGAACCCAAUGUUAACUUAUUGUGGAUAUUUAGUGAACUUGACAAUUGUUUUCUAGAGGCCUCGGAGAGUGCUCAUGAUGUUUCGAUGAUGCUGGAAGCAAAUAGGUUGCAUUACCAUUCCAAUUUUGCAGAUAAUCGCGGACAUAUUAAUCAUUCCGAAAGGGUUAUGCGCGCUAUUACUUGGAAUAGGUCUUUCAAAGGUUUACCUAAUGCUGAUGAUGGGAUCGAUGAUUUAGAUUCUGAAGAACAUGAAACUCAUGCAACAGUUUUGGAUAAGAUGCUAGCAUGGGAGAAAAAGCUUUAUGAUGAAGUGAAGGCUGGGGAGGAGAUGAAACUGGAAUAUCAAAGAAAGGUUGCUUCACUGAAUAAGCUAAAGAAGCGUGGUGCCAGAACUGAAUCGAUAGAGAAAGCGAAAGCAGCUGUAAGUCAUCUGCAUACAAGAUACAUUGUUGACAUGCAGUCUAUGGAUUCUACCGUGUUGGAAAUAAAUCGUUUACGUGAUGAGCAAUUGUACCCAAAACUUGUUGCACUUGUUGAUGGGAUGGCUACAAUGUGGGCGACCAUGCGAAGAUGUCAUGAGAAACAGUCGAAGAUCGUUAUAGCAUUGAAGUAUCUCAAUAUCUCUGAAUCCCCAAAAGACACUAGCGACCAUCAUCAUGACCGGACAGACCAGCUGUGGGGUAUUGCCCGGCAGUGGCAUUCAUACUUUGAAGAUCUCAUGGCCCAUCAGAAGGGGUACAUAAGAGCUCUCGGCAAGUGGUUGAACCUAAACCUCAUUCCCAUAGACAAUAACCUGAAGGAGAAGGUUUCAUCUCCUCAGAGGCCGCAGAACCCCCCAAUUCAGGCCCUUCUGCAAACCUGGAAUGGUUUCCUGGAGAGCCUUCCCAAUGACCUUGCAAAAACAGCCAUAACCAACUUUGCAGCCAUCAUGCAUACUGUAGUGGAGUGUCAAGCAGAGGAGAUCAAGUUGAGGAACCGAUGCGAGGAGUCUCAAAAGGACCUCGCACGCAGGAUCCGACAGUUUGAUGACUGGCAUAGUAAAUACUUGCAACGAAGAAUCCCGCCAGAGGAGACGGAUCCAGAUAGGCCGCUAGACAGGGAUGUGGUUGCAGAAAAGCAGUUUACGGUGGAGAUGGCGAAGAAGAAGCUGGAAGACGAUGAAGAAGCGUACCAGAGGCAGUGCAUUCAUGUUCGAGAGAAGUCCCUGACGAGUCUGAAAACUGGCCUACCGGACCUUUUCCGGGGACUGUUGGAAUUCUCAGAUGUUUGUUCGGAUAUGUAUGGUAAGUUGCGGUAUCUCACAGCAUCAUAAGCCCGAUGAGAGCUGAAGUAUAUGGUUCUGGGCUCUUGUUUUUUGGUUUGUUUGUAUAAUUUGUUUUUGUGUGUAAUUGUGUUAUGACUUCAAAUACGUCACCUGAAUUGUGUGAGAGAAGUAUGAAGUAUUGCUUUUAUUUGAUUUUGAUUUUUUAAUUACUAAAUCAAUAUAACACCAUACUCAUAAAUUUUUAGUUUGUUCUUAUUUAUUAUGGAAAGGCUUUUAUCAUUUUAA